AUGCCUCCAAAAAGGAAAAAUGAUCUUGCAAUUAAGAUUGAAGAUGUUGGAAUGGAUGUGGAUGCUGAGUUUGACAGUGGCAGUGAAGAUGAAGCAAGAAGAAGAAGUAAAAACAGAAGAGCUAAACCGCAACGUAAAGCCAAGCAAAUCAGUGAAGAUGAAGAAGAUGAGGAGGAUGAGGACGAGGCACCAAGGAAACGAGGACGACAAAAGAAGCCAAGGCCCAGAGACAGUGAUGAAGAAGAUGAGGGAGACAAACGAAAUGUGGCAAGAAAAGGAUCAAAGGCUUCCAGGAAGAAGGCUGCUAAAGAUGAGAGUGAUGAGGAGAGUGAAGAAGACAAGCAGAGAAGGAAAAAGAAAGGGAGAGCAGUGUCCAAAAUGGAUAAAGAGGAACAGAAUAAGGAGAAGAAGGGAAAUGUUAAAGGGAAAGAAGGGGAGAAUAAGGACAAGAGGAAGAAGAAAAAUGAGAAGCAGAGCAGCUCUUCUUCUUCUUCUUCCUCUGAGAAUGAUGAAGAUUCGCUGUCAGAGGGAGAGAUUGCAGCCUUGAAGGAACAGGUAGAGGAGAAAAAGAAACUGAUCUCGACUUUAAGGAACAAACCCUGGCGCAUGAAGAGGAGACUCUUACUGCUCAAGGAGGCCCAGGAGUUUGUCGAAAAGUUUGAGGGGGCCCUUGGGAAAGGAAAAGGCAGGAAGCUGUAUGCAUACAAAGUCAUGAUGACUAAGAAACUCAUCAAGUUUAAACGUGACUUUGAGAACUUCAAAACAGCCUUGAUACCCUGGGAAAGGAAGAUAAAGGAAGUAGAAAGUCAUUUUGGAUCAUCUGUGGCAUCAUACUUCCUUUUUCUGAGGUGGAUGUACGGCCUGAAUCUGGUGCUGUUUGGAUUCAUGUUUGGCCUGGUGGUGCUGCCUGAGAUUCUUAUGGGUCUUCCCUAUGGCUCUAUUCCCAGGAAAACUGUCCCCAGAGAAGAACAAGACACAGCAAUGGACUACUCUGUGCUCUUUGACUUUGGUGGUUACUGCAAGUAUUCUUUUCUCUUCUAUGGAUACUACAACAACGAGCGAACAAUUGGGGUGCUGAAGUUCAGACUACCUCUGUCAUACUUGCUUACGGCUGUUGGAAUCUUUGGAUACAGCCUGAUGGUUGUUAUUAGGAUAAUGGCUCGAAACGCGAAUGAAGGAGGAGAUGGGGCAGAAGAGGGACAGUUCAACUUCAGCUGGAAGAUGUUCACCAGCUGGGAUUACCUGAUUGGAAACCCUGAGACCGCAGACAACAAGUACGCCUCCAUUACUACUAGCUUCAAGGAAUCUAUCGUGGAUGAACAGGAGAAUCAGAAAGAUGAAAAUAUUCACCUUCGACGUUUCCUGAGGGUUUUAGCAAAUUUUCUGAUCCUGUGCUGUCUUGGUGGCAGUGGUUAUCUCAUCUACUUUGUGGUGAAACGUUCUCAGACGUUCGCUAACAUGGAUCCAAGAGAUCUCUCAUGGUAUGAAAAGAAUGAGGUGGAAUUUGUGAUGUCUCUUCUCGGACUGCUGUGCCCUCCUCUCUUUGAAUAUAUUGCAGAAUUGGAAGAUUACCAUCCUCGUGUUGCCCUCAAAUGGCAACUGGGACGUAUCUUUGCCCUCUUUCUGGGAAAUCUCUAUACAUUCCUUUUUGCGCUCUUUGAUGAGGUUACAGCCAAGGUGGAGAGUGAGAAGUUGAUCAAGAAUGAGACUGAAUGGAUUCUGCAUCAGUAUUACGCCAACUACAGCUCCUUUUACAACACAACCGAUGUACCACCUCCAAAUGUACAUCCAGCUGAUGUUAUCAGAGGACCUUGCUGGGAGACUGAAGUUGGAAUAGAAAUUAUGAAGCUAACUGUGUCAGAUGUGCAGGUGACUUUCUUGACUAUUCUGAUUGGUGACUUUGGUCGAGCUUUCAUUGUCCGCUUCCUCAACUACUGCUGGUGCUGGGACCUGGAGGCUGGAUUUCCAUCAUAUGCAGAGUUUGACAUCAGUGGAAAUGUACUCGGGCUUAUCUUCAAUCAAGGAAUGAUAUGGAUGGGAGCAUUUUAUGCUCCAGGCCUGAUUGGUGUGAACGUGCUGCGUCUCCUGACCUCUAUGUACUUCCAGUGCUGGGCAGUGAUGUCAUCUAAUGUUCCUCAUGAACGCGUUUUUAAGGCCUCAGGCUCCAACAAUUUCUACAUGGGCCUUCUGCUGCUCGUGCUGUUCCUUAGCAUCCUCCCUGUCGUCUAUACCAUGAUGACUCUACCCCCAUCCUUUGACUGUGGGCCAUUCAGUGGACAGGACAAGAUGUAUAAUGUGAUUAUGGACACUAUAGAAAAGGAUUUACCAGCAUUCAUAGGGAAUAUUUUUACAUAUGCCACGAACCCUGGACUCAUCAUGCCUGCUAUCCUCCUUAUGGUAUUGGCCCUCUACUACCUGAACACGGUGUCAAAAGCAUACAAACAAGCAAACAUUGACCUUAAAAAGAAAAUGCAAAUGGCUCGAGAUGAGGAGAAAAACCGCAGAAACAACAAAGACACCACUAAUCAAGUAAUGAAAGACUUAGAGGACCUUCUUCCAGACAAAUCUCUCAUACCACCUCCAGCUGAGGAAGAGCCACCUCUUGAUGAUGUAAGUAAGAAGAGCAGCAAGUCUCCGAAAAUAAAACCAGGUACAGCAGGAAAAGGUGUUAAUCUGCAGAAGGAAGUGUCACUGGCUGCCUCAAACCCAAGAAGGCCAGUGACCCGUAGCCCUGCUCCAAGAGGGGUGCCUCCUGGAAACCCAAGGGGUCCACAGCCUGGACCUGGCCGAGGCCGGGGUGCACCUCCAAGAAGAUAA